AUGACGAUUAAAGAAACCCCAAUACAGCCCAGUCAGGAGGAGAAACCUCAGAGCCAGCUCCCCAUCCAUCAGCUAGCCCCAGAUAGCGCCCUGGUCUCAUCCCGACCUCCCUCGCUCGCAGGCUCGGCCUCGACACUCGGCGCCAGACGAACCGCUUCCACCUCCACCCUCACCAAUCAGACAAAGGUUGCGAUUCCUCGCCAGCGCGCUGGAAUCGCUCAGCGCUAUAACCGCCGAGUGCCCCGCGCAUGCGAGUCUUGCAGAGCCCGGAAGACGAAAUGCAGUGGCGAUACCCCCGUGUGUCGCCAGUGUCGGGAGUUGAGGGCGACAUGUAAUUACCCGCAAGGGUGGAGGGAAAAGACCAAAAAACAAGUUGAAAAAUUGUCAGAAAAAGCACAAGAAUAUGAAUUAAUGUUGAAAGAGCUGGGCAAUACGGUGGAGUCUCGUGCGGCGGAACGGAUCAAGAGCUUGCUGGACAAGCAUGGUCUGGACACGGAAGAAUCAUCUAACCAGUCCAACUCCGCAACGCCUCAGGAUGAGAAUCCAGAAAAUCCAGACCAUGAUGAGCCCUCAUCACCCUCGUCCAUCGGAUCCCUGGAGGCGAUUGAUCGAGUGGAAGAGGAUCUGAACCGAUCCGAACACACAAGGGCCACCGGUUACAUGGGGAAGAAUUCAGAAAUCACCUGGAUGCAACGGCUGCAAAGGGAAGCAAAUCAACGCGCCCAGGGUCUACCAGGCAGUUUGGAGCCUGGCCAAGAUCGCCAUGCAGACAACGAAUUAUCCCUCCACGCAGUUAACUACCACCUCGAUGAUUUGGACAUUUCCGUGUCUGGUCCGGUACAACUAUACGCCAUGCCUUCUCGAGAAGCAGCAGAUCAUAUGUUCGAGGCCUAUCUAACUACUGUGCACCCAUUCUACCCCAUUAUCAACAGGCCGCUGUUCGCAGCCCAAUACCGGACAUUCUUCGAUAGCGCUGCUCGACCCGGUGACAAGUGGCUUGCUAUCUUGAACAUGAUCUUUGCGAUAGGCGCAAAAUAUGGUCAUUUGAGCAGCGCUCCGUGGCGGGGAGAUGAGAAAGACCACUUGGUGUAUUUGACCAGAGCUCGCAUUCUCAGCAUGAACGGUGAUGUCCUGUUCAGCCACCCUGAUCUCCAGCAGGUUCAAGUAGAGGGUUUAAUUGCCUUCUACCUUCUGGCAUCCGAUCAGAUCAACAGAGCGUGGAGAAUCUCAGCGUUGGCGGUGCGCUCGGCGAUCACCCUUGGUAUUAAUAUGAAAAGCAGCGCACCAACCACACCGGAUCUGUCCAAGGAAGCCCGCUACCGCGUCUGGUGGUGUUUGUAUACCUUUGAGCAUAUGCUUGGAAUAAUGACUGGCCGUGCAACUUGUAUUCAAGACGGCGUUUGCACCUCGCCCUUCCCAAUUCCAUUUGAAGAAGAUCAGUUGCAAGCCCCGGGGGCUCUCGAAGUUCUUACCAACUCGACCUUGCGAGACGAGCGAAUCAACAACGUCGUAGCCAGUUCCUGUAUCAGACAAAUGCCACUCAACCCGGCGAAUGGCAAGGAAGCCACCAAUCAUACCACCGUCCGAGACACCACAUGGAUUAAGAGUCUGCCGAUCAGCUACGGGCUCGUUUACCUAUACUACUGUGAUCUGGCAGUCGUCGUGCAGGAAAUCGUCAACAAAGUCUACUCAGUAGACUGCGUGAUGGUACCCUGGUCACACAUCGAGAAUCGCAUCGGAGAACUCAGGUCCCGGACCGAGAUGUGGGCAUCAAGUCUCCCUCAAGCGCUCGACUUCACCCGCACACACGAAGAUGGACCCGACAUCCUGCGGUAUAAGCUGACACUGGCACUGCAUUACUACAGUGCGCGCAUCACACUAGGACGACCCUGUCUCUGCCGGCGCGAUGCACGCCAUGCCGGCCCUAACGCAUCUUUCAGCCACGACAUGGCAGUCAUCACUCUGGAAUCCGCCUGGCGCAUGCUCGACCUUAUCCCCGACGAGCCGAACGCCAUCCAAUUGUAUCAAGUCGCACCCUGGUGGUCUGUCCUCCAUUAUCUCAUGCAGGCAGCAACCGUCCUGCUCCUGGAGCUAUCAUUCGGCACCGUCCACAUGCCCGAAGAAGAGAACAACUUCUUCCAACUUUCCAAGAAAGCCACACGCUGGCUCUUCGCAAUGUCCGAACAGAGCAUCGCCUCAAGGCGCGCCUGGCAGCUCUGCGAUCUCAGCCUUCGCAAAUUAGCCCAGGGCAUGAAAUACGACGUCAGCGACAUGCCUCAGUACCCCUACCACCCCGAACCUACCACCACCAUCGGCGCAGAAACAAAAGAUGACCCCAUGGCUCCCUCUGUGGGUGAUUAUUGGGGUCCCCAGUUGGAUCACCUCCCUGUAUCGGUCCCUGCGCCAACACCCGGUGAAGAUCAUUACACCUACCCGACCAUCUCUACCACGGACUUGAUGUCUACGUUGAGCGCCGAAGCCCAGGAUUCAUAUUUCCCUUAUGAUCCAAUUAGUGGGGAAUUCAUGCGGUCCUUCUUCCCUCCAAACAAUGAGACUGGCGAUUAA